CGCGCGAACGCAUUGACGUCAUACGGACGCCGCUGCCCUGGCGCCUCGCUUUUGCAUGCCCUGCUGAGGCUCUUCGCGUUGGUCUUUGAAGGGGACGCGAGCGUACCCCCUCAGAGGCCUGGGAUCUGGCAGCCUCUGUCACUCCUGUGCCGGCCCGAUAGCGCGUUGGUGUCACCGUCAUGGAUCUAAAUUUAAACCGAGCGGAUUAUUUACAGGUGGGAGUGACCUCUCAGAAGACUAUGAAGCUACUUCCUGCCUCAAGACAUAGAACUACACAAAAGGUGGUUAUUGGAGAUCAUGAUGGUGUAGUUAUGUGCUUUGGCAUGAAAAAAGGAGAAGCAGUGGCCGUGUUCAAGACUUUACCCGGGCAGAAGAUUGCAAGAUUGGAGCUAGGAGGGGUUCUUAACACACCCCAGGAGAAGAUUUUUAUUGCUGCAGGAUCUGAGAUCAGAGGCUUCACAAAGAGAGGAAAACAGUUCCUCUCUUUUGAAACUAACCUCACUGAAAGCAUUAAAGCUAUGCAUAUAUCUGGCUCAGACCUCUUUCUCAGUGCAAGUUACAUCUAUAACCAUUAUUGUGAUUGCAAAGACCAACAUUAUUACCUUUCUGGGGACAAAAUUAAUGAUGUCAUCUGCCUUCCAGUGGAAAGAUUACCUCGUAUUACACCGGUAUUGGCCUGCCAGGACAGAGUGCUCAGAGUUUUACAGGGAUCGGAUGUGAUGUAUGAAACUGAAGUGCCUGGCCCACCUACCGUUUUAGCACUACACAAUGGAAAUGGCGGUGACUCUGGAGAAGACCUUUUGUUUGGAACAUCAGAUGGAAAACUUGGGCUUAUUCAGAUCACUACCUCCAAACCAGUACACAAGUGGGAAAUUCGAAAUGAGAAAAAGCGGGGAGGGAUUUUGUGUGUUGACAGCUUUGACAUUGUGGGUGAUGGGGUUAAAGACUUACUUGUUGGGAGAGAUGAUGGAAUGGUGGAAGUGUACAGUUUUGACAAUGCAAAUGAGCCUGUUCUACGAUUUGAUCAGAUGUUGUCUGAAAGUGUUACAUCUAUCCAGGGUGGUUGUAUAGGGAAAGAUGGCUAUGAUGAAAUCGUGGUAUCUACAUAUUCAGGCUGGGUUACAGGUCUGACCACAGAGCCUAUACAUAAAGAAAGUGGACCAGGAGAAGAACUAAAAAUUAAUCAGGAGAUGCAGAAUAAAAUUUCUUCUUUAAGGAGUGAGCUGGAACAUCUGCAGUAUAAGGUACUACAGGAAAGAGAGAAGUAUCAACAGUCUUCUCAAUCAAGCACAGCAAAAUCAGCAGUACCUUCAUUUAGUGUAAAUGAUAAGUUUACAUUAAAUAAAGAUGAUGCCAGCUACAGUCUCAUCCUAGAGGUACAGACAGCGAUAGAUAAUGUCUUAAUACAGAGUGAUGUUCCAAUAGACUUACUUGAUGUGGAUAAAAAUUCUGCUGUUGUCAGCUUUAGCAGCUGUGAUUCUGAGUCAAAUGACAACUUUCUUCUCGCUACUUAUCGGUGCCAGGCAAAUACCACAAGGCUGGAACUCAAGAUUCGUUCAAUUGAAGGCCAGUAUGGCACACUUCAAGCAUACGUGACUCCAAGGAUUCAACCUAAAACCUGUCAGGUCCGCCAAUACCUUAUCAAACCCCUUUCACUUCAUCAAAGAACUCACUUUAUUGAUCAUGACAGACCCAUGAAUACACUGACUUUAACCGGCCAGUUCAGUUUUGCUGAAGUUCACUCCUGGGUGGUGUUUUGCCUGCCUGAAGUUCCUGAAAAACCUCCAGCAGGAGAAUGUGUGACAUUUUACUUUCAGAACACCUUCCUGGAUACACAACUUGAAAGUACCUACAGGAGUAGCCAGAACCUGUUGUUUUUCUGCUUUGGAGAGGGUCUGACUUAACAGAAGCAUUACAUCCAAGUCUGGAAAACUUUGAGGUCCCUCUGCUUUGUCUCAGGUCUUAUAGUGGCACCUCCCCUUGGUCCCCCUUUGAGCACUACAUCUUCUUGCAGAGUAUAAAGCCCUCCAGCACCUUCAGGGGUUCCAGGAUAGGCUGGGACAGGUAAGGGGACCCAGUCUUACCUUAGGAAGGAUGGAGCCAGGGUGAGCAUUGCCCUGUGGACUCCAUUUGCCUGUCUGCUUUUGAUGUGGGUGUGAUGUUCUUUUGUUCCUUCCCCAGUGGUACAGUGUGGAUGAGAGAACAGUAGGGAGGCUGGGAAUAGUCCUACAUUGCUAAGGUCAGAAGAAAAAGAGCCACUUUCCCCACCACCAACUCCAUCCCUUUUAAAAUCUGGAAGGCAUUGUCCCUCAGGUGGCCAUGUCUCAUUCUCCAACUUGUAUCAUGGCCAUGCCCCAGAAACAAAAGAAAAUGAGUUGCCUUAGCUCAGUUACAACCAGGAAGGCAUCCAAGUAAACAAUAUUGAACUAUUUAUGGGUCUGAUACUCUUCCUAUAGCCUAUAAUGCCAGGAAGGGACUCCAAAGGAGUAAGGGUCUUGGUCAGGGAAUUACACAUCUACAGGAAGAGAGGAAAAGGCAUCCCUUACCUCGGUUUCUUAGAGUUGAUCAGGGAGACUUGGGAAGAGAGAAAAAGGCAUCCCCCAUCUUAGUUCCUCCACAUCUUUUCUUGAUGUGUGGCUGUAGCUGCUCAGGCGACUGACAGCCAGAGUCACUGUCCUCUCUUUGAGGUACUGCCAGUGGUUGCACUUACCCAGGUUUGGUCCUACCUCCAGAGAGUGACCCUGGUUUCCCAACCCUUAAGGGUCCCUUAAAAGUCAAUGGAUACACUACAUUUCUUUUAGUAGAUUUCUUCUAUCUGGCAUAGCCACUUAAUCAUCUUUUAGUAGAAUUGUUCUGGUGUCUGGAGAGGGGAAGUCCACCUGGGAUAAGCCCCAGUGGAACUGUAAAGUUGGGAGAUGUCUUAGAUCUUAGUUCUUUUGCCGUGCUUGGCCAUCCUUCACAUAGGUGGUAUAGCCAGUCUGAGAGGUGUCCUAGUAAUGCCAAUGAUAGGAAGAGUGAGAAACAGGAGACUGUUUCUCACUGUAACAGGGAACAGAAUAAGAUCCCUUAGAGCCACCCAAACCACUCCAGGGGACCAUCCUGAGCUUUUCCACUCGUUCUCCCAGGGGAGGAAUCAGCUGACAAAUAGUAGAGGGGUUUCUCUCUGGGUGCCUGGAUGGGCAAGUAAGGAGCUAGGUCCCUCUGAGAAUCUUUGGAUAUCCAAAGGUAGCCUUGGUCAGGCCCUUCAAUUACUGCGAGGUUUUCCCUAGGUUCCUUACAUCCGGUGAUCUGUCCCCAAAUGAGUUCCGAGCCCUUACCAAACCAACAUUCCCAGCUUCUGUUGGGGAUCAGUUGGAAGAAAAGAGCCUAGAGAGCCUGUCCCCCAAGACUGAGAAUGGCAGUUGCGCUAAUCACUCUUAGAUGGGUGAUGGGUGCCCAUUGUUUCAACAAACAAAAUGGGAGUCGGGGGGAGAGAGAGACUUGCUGCCCACUACUCAUGGUUAGUUGUCCUUAGUGAUGGUGGAGCUCCCAUAAAUGUUACCAGAUUUUUUUCUCUGUUGGUGCCCGCAGUUCUUGGUCACGCUGCUUCAGAGAAUGAAGAGGUAGACCAGACCAAGAGUGGUGGUAAACAAAGCAAAGUUUAUUGAAUGAUAGCAAAGUGAUAGUACAAAAUUCCCCAAGGAGGGAAAGGAUCCAAGAAGGUUACCACCAAAUUUUCUGAGUCUAGGGGUAUAAAAACCCCUUGGGCUUGUCGAGACAGACUAUUUUAAUCUGACUAACCAUCCCUGUGCCUGUCAUCGGAUCAAGUUUUUGUCACCUAUCAAAUGGGAAAGGGUGGAGAGGGCUCCUUCCAGGGUGGUGUAAAAUCUUUUUAAGGGUGGUUUCUCCUUGGGGGUGUGGAGGCGGAGCUUGUCCCUGCCUGCCUGACUUCCAGCUAUCCUUCAUCAACAGUAAACCUCACACCUUAAACAUAGCAGACAAUUCAACAUGCUCCUGGCAUAUUCUCUGUUAUUAUAAUAGCAUAGCUUUGCUCUUCCCCAUUCUCUGUCUUUAUUCUUUCCUUAACAGUCAAAACUCUAGGGAUGCCUGGGUGGCUCAGUCUAUUAAGUGUCU